AUGGCGUUUCGGCUCCUGCUGCUGCUGACCCUGGCCAGUCCCGUCCUGCCGGGGCCCGAACCCCUGACCGGCCCGCGGUGCACGUACACCUUCGUCUUGCCCCAGCAGAAGUUCACGGGCGCCGUGUGCUGGAGCAGCGCGCGCCCUCCCCCCGAGCCGCCCGGCCCCAACCGCAGCGAAGUGGAGGAGCUGCGCUACCUGCUCAGCCGGCAGCAGGCCCAGAUGGACGAGCUGCGCCGGCUGGUGGAGGUGGACGGGGCGGUGGUGAGCGAGGUGAAGGCCCUGCGGAAGGAGAGCCGCAACGUCAACGCCCGGGUCACCCAGCUGUACACCCAGCUCCUCCACGAGAUCGUCCAGCGCCGAGAGCGGCCGGCACAAGCCUCGCAGCUGGAAGGCCAGGUGGCCAACGCCUCCGCGGAGGCCCUGCGGGUGGCCGCCAACUACCGCCAACUGGAGGGCAAGUACCAGGCCCUGGCAGCCCUGGUCAACAACCAGAGCGCCCUCAUCAGCCGGCUGGAGAGGGACUGCCAGCAAGGGAACAGCGGCAGGACGCGCCCGCAGCCCCCACUAGUGCCAGUGGUGCCUUACAACAACCCUGCGAGUGUCGCCAACGAAAGCAGGGCUCGUUUUGACGCCACGAAUGACAUCCAGCGAGACCAGAGUCUUCACACAGCCCCGGACCGGCCCCAGCCUCCCGGCUCUUCAGUUCCUGCCGGGACUCUCCCGCCCCCUGCCGUCGUGCCCACCAGAACCGCAGGGCCUUGGCGGGACUGUCAAGCAGCUCAGCAUGAUGGGCAGGCCACGGGCAUCACCAUGCUAGAGCCAGAUGGUUCCCACGGCAUCUUCCAGGCUUGGUGCGACCAGGAUUACGACGAGGGUGGAUGGACCGUCAUCCAGCGGCGGCAGGACGGGUCGGUCAACUUCUUCACUACCUGGCAGCACUACAAGCACGGCUUUGGGAAUCUGGAAGGAGAACAUUGGCUGGGCCUGGAUCCGAUCCACUGGCUGACCCACCAGGGCUCCUAUGUGCUGCGGGUGCUCCUGGAAGACUGGAACGGGCGACAGGCGCAGGCCAGCUACGACGCCUUUGCCCUGGCGUCUGAGAACGAUUGCUACCGGCUGCGUCUGGGGCGCUACCAGGGCAGCGCUGGCGACUCUCUCUCCUGGCACAAUGGGCGGCAGUUCAGCACGCUUGAUCGUGACCACGACGCUUACUCCGGGAACUGCGCCCACUACCAGAAAGGGGGCUGGUGGUACAACAUGUGUGCCCACUCCAACCUGAACGGUGUCUGGUACAAGGGGGGCCACUACCGAAGCCGCUACCAGGACGGCGUCUACUGGGCAGAGUAUCGUGGUGGUGCCUACUCGCUCCGCACGGUGGUCAUGAUGAUCCGACCCACGCCAGGCACAUAG